GCCGGCGCAUGCGCCUUGGCGCUGGUGUGCGCCGCCGGCCGCCGCUGUCGGGGCGCCUUCCCGAUCGGUGCCCGGCCGGCCGCCCUUCCCCGCGGAGCUAUGAGGCCCUAGGGCCCCACCGGCCGUAGCAAGACCUUCUUCGCCAGAAUGUUCGGCCGCUCCCGCAGCUGGGUGGGCGGCGGGCACGGGAAGGCCGCCCGCAGUAUCCAUUCCUUGGACCAUCUCAAGUACAUGUAUCAUGUUUUGACUAAAAAUACAACAGUAACAGAUCACAACCGCAACCUGCUGGUGGAGACUAUUCGUUCUAUAACAGAGAUCCUUAUAUGGGGGGAUCAGAAUGACAGCUCAGUAUUUGACUUUUUCUUGGAGAAGAAUAUGUUUGUUUUCUUCUUGAACAUCUUGCGUCAGAAAUCUGGUCGUUACGUGUGUGUACAGCUUCUGCAGACUCUGAACAUCCUUUUCGAGAACAUCAGUCAUGAAACAUCACUGUACUACCUGCUCUCCAAUAACUAUGUAAAUUCUAUUAUUGUCCACAAAUUUGACUUCUCUGAUGAGGAGAUCAUGGCAUAUUACAUAUCAUUUUUGAAAACACUUUCUCUGAAACUCAACAAUCAUACUGUACAUUUCUUUUAUAAUGAGCACACUAAUGACUUCGCUUUGUACACUGAAGCUAUUAAAUUUUUUAACCACCCAGAGAGCAUGGUCAGGAUUGCUGUUAGGACUAUCACUUUAAAUGUCUACAAAGUGGACAACCAACCUAUGCUGCAUUACAUUAGAGAUAAAACUGCUGUCCCUUAUUUCUCCAACCUCGUUUGGUUUAUUGGAAGCCACGUGAUAGAACUGGAUAACUGUGUGCAGACUGAUGAAGAGCACAGAAAUAGGGGCAAACUGAGUGACCUGGUAGCAGAACAUCUUGAUCAUUUACAUUACCUUAAUGAUAUCCUUAUCAUUAAUUGUGAAUUUUUAAAUGAUGUGCUGACAGACCACUUACUUAAUAGGCUCUUUCUUCCCCUCUAUGUGUAUUCAUUAGUAAAUCAAGAUAAGGGUGGAGAACGUCCAAAAAUAAGUCUCCAAGUUUCUCUUUAUCUUCUUUCUCAAGUUUUUCUAAUUAUACAUUACGCCCCUUUGGUGAACUCAUUGGCUGAAGUUAUACUUAAUGGUGACCUCUCAGUGUUUUCUUCUAAAGUUGAGCAAGAUAUACAGAAAAACUCAGCAAAAUCAAGUAUCAGAUGUUUCAUAAAACCAACAGAAACACUUGAGAGGUCUCUUGAAAUUAACAAACAGAAGGGGAAGAAGAGGGUGCAGAAAAGACCCAACUAUAAAAAUGUUGGUGAAGAAGACGAAGAGGAGAGAGGAUCUGAAGAUAACCAAGAUGACUUAGAUAAAAAUAAAGGUACAGAAGCGAGUUCAAAAGGCAUCAGAACAAGCAGUGAAAAUGAAGAAAUAGAGAUGGUAAUCAUGGAGAGAUGUAAGCUGUCAGAAUUGUCUAUCUCUACUGUGACAGAACAGAAUACAACAGAUGAAGAAAAGAGUGCGGCUGCUUCUGGGAGUGAGAUAAUGAACUGGAACAGACCUUUUCUUGAUAUGGUCUAUAAUGCACUGGACUGUGCUGAAGAUGAUUAUUAUGCCCUCUUUGUGCUCUGUCUUCUAUAUGCAAUGUCACACAACAAAGGCAUUGACCCAGUCAAGCUGGAGAGAAUUCAACUUCCAGCUCAACAUGCUGAAGAGAGAAAUUCAUAUAAUCAUGUACUUGCAGAAGGGCUCAUAAGGAUAAUGAAUUAUGCUGCACAACCAGAUGGAAAAAUCCGCUUGGCAACUUUAGAACUUGGCUGCCUGUUGCUUAAGCAGCUUGUGUUUUCUAAAAAUGGCAGCAUCAUAAAAGAUGUUCAUCUUGCUUGCCUUGAGGGUGCAAGGGAAGAAAGUGUUCAUCUUCUUCGUCGUUUCUAUAAGGGAGAAGAAAUUUUUCUGGAUAUGUUUGAAGAUGAAUACCGGAGUAUGACAAUUAAACCCAUGAAUGUAGAGUACUUGAUGAUGGAUGCCUCAAUCUUGUUGCCUCCAACGGGGACACCACUGACUGGUAUUGAUUUUGUGAAAAGAUUGCCUUGUGGAGAUGUGGAAAGAACACGAAGAGCAAUCAGAGUUUUCUUUAUGCUCCGUUCACUAUCACUGCACUUGCGAGAUGAGCCAGAAACUCAGUUACCACUCACAAGGGAGGAAGAUCUGAUAAAGACAGAUGAUGUUCUUGACUUGAAUAACAGUGAUCUAAUUGCUUGUACAGUCAUAACAAAGGACGGGGGUCAAGUUCAAAGAUUCCUGGCUGUGGAUAUUUACCAGAUGAGCUUGGUUGAGCCAGAUGUUGCCAGACUUGGAUGGGGAGUAGUUAAGUUUGCAGGCCUUUUGCAGGAUAUGCAAGUGACAGGAGUAGAGGAUGACAGUAGAGCUCUGAACAUAAUAAUUCAUAAGCCUGCCUCAAGUCCUCAUUCUAAGCCCUUCCCCAUCCUUCAAGCUACAUUUAUUUUUUCUGACCACAUUCGCUGCAUUAUUGCAAAGCAACGUCUUGCAAAAGGCCGUAUUCAGGCUCGGCGUAUGAAAAUGCAGAGAAUAGCAGCUCUCCUGGAUCUUCCUGUUCAUCCUUCAACUGAAGUUGUUAUGGGUUUUGGACACAGCUCUGCAACUACAGCCCAGCACCUUCCAUUUAGAUUUUAUGAUCAGUCACGACGUGGUAGCAGUGAUCCUACAGUGCAACGCUCUGUUUUUGCAUCUGUUGACAAAGUUCCAGGCUUUGCCGUAGCCCAGUGUAUAAACCAGCACAAUCCAUCACCACUCUCAUCACCAUCCAGUGGCAGUGGGAGUACCGGGCGCUGUGAUUCAGUGACUGCAAGCUCAACAUCCACUCCUUCUGCUGCACAGAGCCCAUCAGGUCUGGCAGGAAAGGACGUCGGCGGGUGUUUAGUCUGUCGGAGGCUGACAGUCACGGUGGACACUGGGUUUAGGUCUUCAAGCAGCAGCUGCAACAGAAACUCGCGCAAUAUCAAUUCAGAUGGUGGUUCAGCUCCAGAGCAGCCUCAGAUGACCAUUUCUGGUCAGAUGAUCAUUUCUGGUCAGAUGGUGUUGACUGAUGAAACUCUUUCAGCUGUCUCAAAGUCUAGCAAGAAUGCUGUAAAAAACAGUGACAUAGAAACAGCAAACCUGUCUCCUAGCUUGAUUCCUGCACAGCAGCCCACAAUAUCAUUAAUAACAGAUGACAAUACAGAUGCGCUAAGUGUAGAGUCACUUACACUGGUGCCACCAGUUGAUCCGCACAGCAUUCGAACAUUCAGCUGCAUUCCUCAGUCCUCUUUGCAAUCUGAAGUUGAAGUUUGCAAGGUAAAGGAGGUAAAGGAAGAAUGUUCUGACUAAAGCCAGCCUGCAGACUGUGAUAAACAGCGAAGCAAAUACAACCAAAUUCUUCACUGUUUUUGCUUUGGGAGGGCAGAUACUUCUUGAAGCCUGAGGGGCCAUCUGGUCCACAAGAAGGAACCCACUGAUGAAAGAGAAUGUGGGCAGCUUUUAGAGUAAACAUCAGAUGCUCAGCAUAUUUAAACUGGAGAAGAAAAAAAGAAAAAGAAAAAACAACUUUGGAAUCUGGACUGGUUGUUUCCUACCAAUUUCUGUUAUACAAGAACAUGAAAGUCUUUCAGAGCACCUACUUUCUUCCUAUUAUAGAGUUCCAGCUGCAGGAACUAAGUUAAUUGUAAAAGGUCUACAGUAUUAUGGCAAAGUGAAGGCAUUUUUAGAUACCUGGCUUCAGGAUAUUGCAUCAUUACUUCUCUGAAACUGGAGACAUACCAUUGACCAGAAAAAACCUAGAUAUUGUAGUACAGACUUAACAUUUCCAUUUGAGACGUGGUGUGUUUUUCAGUUUGUUGUUGUUUAGGUUUGGUUGGUUUGGGGGCUUUGUUUGUUUUUGGUUGGGGUUUUUUGUUUGUUUUUUAAAUCCUGAUCUUAUUCAUCUUUUGGAGGUCUGUGUGAUACCAGCACGUUUGGCCACUUUCAGUGUUGUCUUCGUAGGACUCCAGACUUCAGUAUUUUUUUGCCAUGUGUAAUAUUUAUUUCAAGGUAUGAUUCAAAGCAAGAUAUUAAACAAUUUUUUAAAAGGUAAAAGCUUGAAAUUUAAUGACAAAUGCUUAUUCAGAUUAACAUAAGGGACUUCUGGGACUACUUUAGUCUUUGCUUAAUCAGCUGCAGAGGAACGUGAAAUAUUUUGAGAUUGCUAUAGCUUGCUUGCAUCUGACAGUCAAAUUGCUACCCCUCUGAGGGAUGAUUAUAUACUUUCUACUGAAGGACAACUUCUUGAAGCAGACGGAAGCAGUUUUAUUCUAAAAAGGUUUUUUAAAUUAUUUCAUCUUCAUGUAGGAAGAAGGUCACCAUAUCUAACUGAUAAUUCCUUUGCAAGCCUGAAACUUGAAAAGUAUUAUGCAGGGUGGUUUUUUUUCUAUAUGGGAUAGUAUCACAGUUAAACUCAGAUUAUGUAGCAACGUUGUUUAUGCUUGCCUUACUUUGCUUCCUACAUCGUGAUACCAAGUUGACAGAAAGUAGUGGAAAAGUGUUGGUUAUAGUUUGGAAUCUUUUUUGCUGAUUUGAUAUGUAAUUUAACAUAAAUGGAAUUUAAGAUUUCUCAUCAAUUUCCAUGUGUGUUAAUUUAACAGUAAAAUGAGCAGAUUGUCCUUAUUGGUCUGCUCAUAACAUUGAGUGCUUUCUGGCUCUCAGAGAUUGAAGGCUACUUGGUAUCGUGAUUUCAGUCAUCAGUGCAAUCUGCUUCCUCAUUCUGUCUCUGCUAACAUUAAUUUCACAUCAAGUAGAUGAAUCUGAAAAGUUUUUACCUACUUCCCAGUCUCUUGUUGUACCUCUUCCUGGCUGUCAGAUGGAAUACUUGAAGUUAUUUUAAAUGUUAUAUUUAUAUAUGAGGUUGACUAAUGCACAAGUAUUACUUUGCUCGCUUUACCCAUCUUUUCCUUCGUGUAGUAACUUAAUCUUUAUAAAACAUAUAUACAAGGUGUCUGCUAUUGAAUGCAAGCAGUAUUUUUUUUUGUUCCCUUAUUAGCUUUUGCAUUCAGUCUUGUUAUUUCUAGUUUUCUGUGACUUCUACUUUGCCUCAAAUUGAAUUAACCAAUAUUCUGACCAUUCCAGGGUGGCCCAAACUCUAAAUGAAUUCUGAGAGUUAGGUGUCCUCAGCACUACUAUGGAAAUAGGAUGAGAAUUUGGCAUUGCUGGAGUAAGAGCCUGCCUUUUUUUUUGGUUAGGGUGAGUUUACAUUGCAUAUGCUUAGGGUGAGUUUACACUGCAGUCACUGUUGCAGCUAAUGCAGAUGCACCUGAGCAAGCCUAGACAUCAGUAGCAAUUUGGGCACAAGGACCACAUAAGUUUUUAUUUGCUGAACUGAUUGCAGUCUAGACUUCUAGUAAGUUGCAGCAUUACAAUGUAGCCCAAUAAUAUUCUGAAGAUCAUUAUAAAAAUGAUGCCUUACUUAAUUUGAAAGCAUUUUAUGUUGGUUCUUAACUUAACUCUUGACCUAGACUACACAAAAUACCACUGUGCAGGCUGAGUUCCCUUAAAUAGAAUUAAUUUUAGACAGGAAAACCUUGAUCUUUAUUUAUCUAAUUUCAAAUUCAGUUCUAGCAAGAUUAGGACCACAUACAAAGAGUCUUUUUAAUGGGUAUGCAUAAUCUCACCCAUGAGCAGUACUGCACAAAAAGUGGGACAGAGGGAAAGAAAGCUGACUUUGUGCUUUUCAUUGCUUUUGAGUGGCUUUUCAAUCUGAUGACCAGUUGGCUACUGAGAGCUUCACAGGAAAUUACUGAGAUAGAUACUGUUAUUAGGAAAAUAGGAGACUAGGUCUACUGUCUAAUCUCCUGGCAGAGCCUUGCUGGUCAAGGGCUGGUAAGGUGGGAUAUCUUUUAGCAGUUCUAUCAGAAACUCUCUGCAAAGAUGGAUUUACAUUGGGAAAGCUCUGACUGCACCAGUUCUACUAAUGUUGUGUUGUUAUAUGAAUGCUACAACUGGUGCAGACCAACUGAAAUCUCUGAAUGGUUAUGCCACAGAAGCAAUUGGUUUUUUACUUAUUUGCUUCUGUUAAAGCUUUGACAAUGCUUCAUGCCACGUUAGAAGACUUUAGAAUGUAAAUGUUCUGGAGAUGCUGAAAUAAUCUGUCAUCAGUAAUCUUUAUCUCUGCAAGUAUGGUGUUACUCAUCUACAAUUCCUUGAAGAGUAGUAUCUCUCUCUCUCUUAUCAGAAAAUCUCAAGGGCUGUUUCCUUAUCCCCCUUUCACUGUAAAAAGGAAACUCGACCAAGAAACCAUUAGCACAUUAGCCACAAAUGUAGCUUCUUUCUAAACAAAAGUUGAUUUGAGUCAGUGUAACAUCACUCUCUCUAACCAAAUACAAAUACCAAGUUGCAAAUGAGAGCAGCAGCUGAACAGCUGACUGUUCAAAUGGGUCACUAUUUCAGUGUAAUACUGCAGAGGGAGAUGAAAGCACUCUAAAAUAAAUAUAGCAACGUUCCAGAGCAAAAUGCCAAAAUGUUGGAGAGAUGCUAAAUUCUCAGUGUGUGUUUGUAGAGGCUAUGCCUAUCUUCAGCCAUAUUCUGUUAACAUAAAAUAGUUUUACUGUUCUCUUCCUUUGGAGAAGAGAAGCCAAAGAAACCAAGGCAUACUGAAUGUUACUUUGCUAUUUUAUGGUCUGUGUGUCUUGUUUCAGCAAAUUUUACCAAGAUAUUACUUGUUUAGCAGAGCUAUGUGUUGCCUUCACUGUUAGGUCUCGCUGCCUCUUGCUGGUCCCCUUUGCUUUUCUGUCAUCCAGUGUACAACAAAGAACAAGACUCAAGCUUUUCAUUUGCGAAGAGAGUAAUGGCAGCAUACACUUUGUAAUUUGGUAAAGAAGGGGAGGGAGGAAACAUUAGUGCCCAGUUCUACCGUCUGCUUCACUAUGGAAGUAAUGCAAUGCUUGCAGUGUGAAACUUGUGUGCAAAAACUGUUUUGCAGAAGUUCUUUGAUAUGGAAAGAAACCAAAGUUUAAGCUUCCUCAACUUCACUUUACAAGCUGUGUAGAUUAAUCCAAAUUCAUUAGAAAUGUGGUCACAUAUAUUAAUACUAAAAGCUGUAUCUUGUGUGUAAAGUCAUGAAUUAUUUACAGUAUAAGGACUGAGCUCAUUUGUAUUCUCCACUGCUAGUUCACAGUAAACUAAAAUUCUGGCUUCUUUUCCAUAAAUUAAGUUGAGCUUGAAAACAAAAGGUAUGCAAUUACACCUGUUAAAGAAGCUUCACAAUGUUCUUUGCUUUACAAUGCAGUUGGAAUUUUCCUUGAAGUCAUUUGGUGAGUUAAAAUGGGAACUAUCUUCCAGAAUUCAUUUAUUCUUUUGCAGUAUUGUUGCUAAAGGACAGGCAUGUGACAUUUAGAAAUUCUUCUCCCAUACCCAGCAUUAAAGGCUCCAGUCUAGAUCGGUACUCAGAGUUUAAGUCAAUGUCCAGUGAUUCAUACAAACCCUCUGCCCAGUAGAGACAGAAUACGGGGGAAAGUAACGUUCCUUUGUGGAUUUGAAGUAUUCUCGUGUGUAGAAUUUAAAAACUGAUGGUUAAAAUAGUUUUUUUAUAUAGCAAGAUCAGCAAUCUUUAGGAUUGCAAUUACUGUGAUUUUUUUUUUUCUAAUUAAGCAGUAAGACAUGAGUGACUAUAAUUUCCACACUUACUGCAAACAGCCUGAGAUGAUUACUUUAAGCAAUCUAGGAAUUCAAUAAUUACCUUGCAAUUGUGUGUUAUUUUACUAGUGGUAAAUUAAUCUUAAAACUGUAUGCUUGAAGACAUAGGUAAGCUAUCAGACAAGCAGGUCAUAAGUAUGAAGCCACUUCAUAAAAGUAAACACUUCAAUCACAUGGUGCUGUCAGUGCUCUAGUUUAAUCAGUCACUCUUUUUGCUGCAUGUGUUACAGGUAAAUAACUGCAGAAGAGCCUAAUGAAUAGUUUCACUAACCCGCAUGUAGUACUUUUCAAAAAAACCCCACCAUGCUAAAUAUUCUGAUGUCUUCACUUAUCAGCUAAAGUUAAAUGGGGAGUUGUUUUUAUAAGAACAUUGCACAGGCAGCUGUUGUCUAGGAAACUAAGUGUUUUAGUCCUAUAGCUGAAUGACAGAUUUGCAAAGAGGCAUCAGAUGGGGGAAUCAGUGAGAUAUAGGCAUUUUGCCUCAGAGAUAAUGAGUCUCCUUGAUGAGUCUCCUACUUAUUUUCAGGCAACCUAAUGUCAGGCAUCUAAAUGUGUUGAAAAUUCUCUUCCUAACUGUUGCUGUCAUUCUUCUUGAAAGAGUUUUUUGGUAUGUCACUGUUUAACUAUCACUGGCCUACCCUAGGACAUCACGAACCUGGGCACUGCACUUCUAUUAUUUAGAAGCCUUUGGAGUGGUUCUGCUGUGCUUGCCUGCUCUGUUGCUCUCACCUUUCCUAAUGUGUGCAGCAUGAAUUAGAAACAAGUAUCAUAACUCUUGCUGUCUCCUGAUAAUAACCCUUACUGUCUCCUAAUGGCUUCUGAAAAGCAGGUGAUGAUCUAAGCACGGUGUGCUAGGGUGGGAUGUUUUUAGGGGGUGGGAGGGAGGAAGUGCUUGGGGUUUUUUCCUGCUGCUCAGGAUUUUGUGAGCAGCAACAAAAACAUGGGAAACGCAGUUCUGGACUGAGUCUCAAACAGAAGGUUCUUUCAUAUGGAAACGUAUUUUUAUAUUACAUUUGUACAGAAUUUUCCCUAUUUUGAUCUCCCAAAAUUUUUAGAUUUGCGCAUUGCUCAGAUAUGAUUUCUUUUGCAAGCUGUUAUUAAAUAUGUAUUUUAUGUUUGUUAAUGUAUUACAAAUGUAAAGCCAAAUUUUGCUUGUCUAAUAAAUGUGCACUGUGGCAGUAUCUUGUUUUAUUAUUUUACUAACUUGAAUUCAUUUGUUCUUAAUGCAAAAAGGAAAAACUUGAGUCAUUAUUGUGACUGUCUUGUUAGCAUAAAUAAACGUGUGAAGUGUGUUAAUGUAAAAAAUAACUAAAAAGGGCUUAAGAAGCAGGUAAUGACUAAGGAUACUUGUCGACGACUAAAGUUAAAUAAGUUAAAUAAGGUUCAGACUAGUAUAUAGUGUUCCCAGGAUUCUUUUAAGAUCGCAAUCUUAUUUAUCUUGUUCUCCAUUACUUUUGGUUAUGGGUACUCAUCCUAAAGUGAGUUUAAGACAUAGUAAUUGCAAUCUGAUAACUUAAGUACGUUUGAGGAGAUGAGAAGGCCUGAGGUUUUGUGUUUGGGUGUAUUUUAAGGACUAACUGCAGCAGAAAUAUUUACAAUGAACAUGGAGAUAAUUUUGAAAAGGAUUGAGAAUAGAUUCAAGUGUGCAAGUUUAUAGACUGUUAAAAUUUCAAGGAGCCUCAUUUCACUCAGCGGUAGCACUGAAUAAUACGUUGUUAGAACUCUAGGGGACCUGCUUGGAAGCAUUUUAAACUUUAGGGGAUAACUUUAGGCAUCUCCACUUGUGAAUAGGUGUGUUGAUACUUUUGUUGCAAACUUUUUACUUCAUUUUGAGCUGUUUUGUAAGUUUGAUUGUUGUAAGUGCAAAAAGAGGGAAAUGUAUUUUUCUAGAAGAAUGAAUGUACCUGGGAUUUAAACACUACAUAAAGCAGUUAAUGAACAUGAAAGACUGUUCUCCGAUGAAAUAUAUUUCAAGAAAGUUGUGUCUGAAAUGUACUUCAUUUUGGGGGAGAAGAAGGAAAAAGUCCUGAGCAUAUACUUACAUGGAAAAAAGCCCAAACAUGGGGUGAAUCAAAUUCUGAAAUGUCUUUCUACAGGCAAUAAGUAUUAAUUAUUUAAUGUAAGUUAUGUUAGACAUUUGCAGUAAAUGUGACAACAUAUUAAUUUAAAGAAAAAUGUAUAUAAGUGUCUGGGAAGGGAGUGAAAUUACAAAAUAUUGGUGUAUGUUUCUGAAAUCUAGAUUUCUAUAGCUGAAUCUGUAUUUGCUGCAUUAAUUAUGUGUCAUGGCUAUUGAAACCCUGGACAAGAAUGAACAAUAGACCUUUCUUUGUAAAUGGAACUUGGCAAUAAAAAUGGUGUUACUAAGAAAA